GGUCGCCUGGGCGGGGCGGGGGGGGAGAGGGCGGCGCAAGGCACGCCGGGAGAAAGCGCUGAGGCCGCUGCCCGGCUGCGGGCUGCGGCGCAAGGCACGCCGGGAGGAAGGUCAACGGGAGCCCGGAGCCGCGGUGCACGCCGGGAGCUGUAGUUCCGGGGUCCGGGGAUGAGGCCUCCGACGGUCCCGGAGGAACGGCGGGGUGCGCUGGGUCGGGCCGGGGCAUCCAGCCCCGCCCCUGAGCCGGGGGGCCAUGUCGGGGUGUCCCCCCCUUCCUCCUCCGCCGUCGGCAUCGCCGGGGGGGCCGUCGGCGUCGGGGCUGUACCACGAGCGGCAGCGCCUGGAGCUCUGCGCCCUCCACGCCCUCAACAACGUCCUGCAGCGACCCUGCUUCACCCGCGAGGCCGCCGACGACAUCUGCAAGAGGUUGGCCCCCGACGCUCGCUUCAACCCUCACCGCAGCCUCCUCGGCACCGGCAACUACGACGUCAACGUCAUCAUGGCCGCGCUGCAGAGCCUGGAGCUGGCGGCCGUUUGGUGGGACAAACGCCGGUCGCUGGAGCGGCUGGCGCUGGGGCAAAUCUUGGGGUUCAUCCUCAACGCCCCCUCCCAGGUCUCGCUGGGGUUCGUGGCGUUACCAUUACGCCGUAAGCACUGGUUGGCCGUCCGGCAGCACCGCGGCACCUACUACAACCUCGAUUCCAAACUCCGGGAGCCCGUCGUCAUCGGCGGCGAGGCCGAGCUCAGGGCGUUCCUGCGGGAUUUCCUCUCCCAAGGGCUCCGCGAGGUUUUCCUCGUCGUCCCGCGCGCCGUGGAGGAGGCCGGCGCGUGGUUGAACCCCGAGUGACUCGUCACGCGCCCACGGGUGACGCCGACGGGUGACACCCCCACCCCCCCCUUCCCUUUCGGGAUGAAACCGCGACGCUUCGGGACCGCUCCUCGCGCGGGGUCGGGUGGUUUCGGGGAGCGGCGGAGGAACCCCGGGACACCCUUCGAUUCCCCGGUUUCACCCCGAUUCGCCUGGUGGCGUGACCUCAGGGCGCCCGAAUGGGCUGAAAACCCCAGAAAAAAGGUGAUUAAAACCGCUGGUUUACGGCGUUGCGUCUUUGCCCUCGGGGUUCCCGUCGCUCCCGCGCUCCGUGCAGGGAUUUGGGGCCGAACGACCCCCAAAAUCCCCAAACCCGACCCCGAUUCCGACCGGACGAGGUUUAACGAGGCCAAGUCGCUGCACCUGCGUCACAACAACCCCGUGCUUUAUCACUUAUCGCACUUUAUCACCCCGUUCUCGGCGUCUUUUGAGGCGGGGCGUUUGCUUUUAUCGGCCUCUCGGCUCUCCUCAAGGAUAAAGUCUUAAAACAGA